UCAGCUGCGGGCGCGCAGUGUCUGGAAAGCACUGGGACAGCGCUUCUCUCUCAUUGGUCCGCACGGUUUCCUGCGUUGUUCCGAUUGGUCGUCCAAGUCGCGCCAGUUCGAUUGCAGAGUUCUGUGUGUCCGGGGUUCGGGUGUUUUGGCGCCAGGAUCGUUGCUUUCGUCAUUAGCGCGGUACAGGAAGCAUGGCCCCGGUGUCCAGCGGAGACAGCCAGCACCACGAUAUGGCAGACUCUAGCAGUUUCGCUGCAACUCGUUCUCGACGAGAAAAAACUGAGAAAAAAGGCCGUAAGGAAGCAUUAGAAAGACUUAAAAAAGCUAAAUCUGGUGAAAAAGUCAAAUAUGAGAUGGGGCAGGUUAUGUGGAAGAUGGAAGAGAAAUUUUUGAUGAUGACCUUGAUGAGGAUGCCCAUCCUGACAAAGGAACAAAAGGCAAGGGUGCAGUUAAAGGCAAAACCAAUGUGAAAAAGUCAUCUGUGUCCAAACCAAGUGAUAUCAAAUCAAUGUUUGCCAGUGCUGGGAAAAAAACUACAGAUAAGACUGUGGACUUGUCAAAAGAUGAUUUGUUGGGUGAUUUGCUUCAAGAUUUGAAAUCACAGCCACUGCAGAUCACUCCCCCACCAGUAAUCACACUGAAGAAGAAGAGACCUGCAGGAGUACCUCUUAACCCCUUUUCUUUGCCUACUGCAUCUCCAGCUGCCAAGGCUCCUCCAGCAGGAAUCCGAAAGCCCCUUCCAGUGCCCAAGCAAGAAUAUGACUCCACUCCUCCUCCUCAAGCAGCUAAGUACUCCUCCACUAAAAAAAUUGAGUUGAAGCAAGAUCCUGACAGCAGUACUCCAAGCGUUGCUAGAAAUGGAAGUGUGGUUAAGCAAGAAACCUUAAAAGAAGGUGAUGAAGAGAUGGUUGAGUUUGAUGAUGGCGAUUUUGAUGAACCCAUGGAGGACGAUAAUUCCAACAUAAAAGCAGCUAAAAUAGAACCAGAUAUAAAGAAAGAGGCAAUGGAAGAAGUAGAUGAAAAACCUCAGAUUGCCUCCACUUUGUACAGCGACUCAUGCUGGGAUCAGAUACCGGAUGAGACUGAGCCUGUUGCAAAUGAAGUUCAAGUAGAUUCAAGUCUCCUUCCUUUAGUAACCGGUGAAGAUGGUGAUCAGGUGUUCAGGUUUUAUUGGCUGGAUGCUUAUGAGGACCAAUACAACCAGCCAGGUGUUGUGUUCUUAUUUGGGAAGGUCUGGAUAGAGUCUGCACAAACAUAUGUCAGUUGCUGCGUAAGCAUAAAAAACAUUGAACGCACCAUUUAUCUUCUACCACGUGAGACACGGAUUCAGCUGCCAUCUGGAAAAGACACUGGUGUUCCUGUGACAAUGAUGAAUGUUUAUCAAGAAUUCAGUGAUAGCAUUGCAAAUAAAUUUAAGAUCAUGAAAUUCAAAUCUAAGAAACUUGAAAAGAGUUAUGCAUUUGAAAUUCCAGGCGUCCCUGCCAGCUCAGAGUAUCUCGAGGUUCGAUAUUCUGCAGACUUGCCCCAACUUCCUCAAGACCUAAAGGGGGAAACAUUUUCACAUGUCUUUGGAACAAAUACGUCAAGCUUGGAGCUUUUGUUACUUAGCCGGAAGAUAAAAGGGCCCAGCUGGCUAGAGAUAAAGAGCCCACAACUAAACAGCCAGCCUAUAAGCUGGUGCAAAGUUGAAGCUAUUGUGACUAAGCCUGAUCUGGUGAAUGUUGUUAAACACAUGCCAGCACCUCCAGUUGUUGUCCUCUCUCUCAGCAUGAAGACCGUUCAGAAUGCAAAGACCCAUCAAAAUGAGAUUGUUGCAUUGGCUGCGCUAGUUCACCACAAGUUUCCUGUGGAUAAGGCACCUCCACAGCCUCCAUUCCAAUCUCAUUUCUGUGUCCUUACUACGCCCAGUGACUGCAUUUUUCCAUAUGACCAUAAAGAAGCUCUCAAACGAAAGAAUGUUAAUCUUGAAAUUGCCCUAACUGAAAGGACUCUUCUGGGUUUUUUCCUUGCAAAAAUACACAAAAUUGAUCCAGAUGUUAUUGUGGGUCAUGAUAUUUAUGGCUUUGAUCUUGAAGUUCUGCUCCAAAGGAUUAAUUUAUGUAAAGUUCCUUUUUGGUCCAAAAUUGGUCGACUUAGACGAUCAACUAUGCCAAAACUUGGGGGUCGCAGUGGUUUUGCUGAAAGAAAUGCAGCAUGUGGUCGAAUAAUUUGUGAUAUUGAGAUUUCUGCCAAGGAGUUAAUCCGCUGUAAAAGCUACCAUUUGUCUGAACUGGUUCAUCAUGUGCUAAAAACUGAACGUGUUAUGAUUCCUCCAGAACAUAUUCCUAAUGCAUACAGUGAUUCCUCUCAACUUCUGUACAUGCUGGAGAACACUCUCAUAGAUGCCAGGUUCAUAUUGCAGAUCAUGUGCGAGUUGAAUGUUCUUCCCUUGGCCUUACAGAUCACCAACAUAGCAGGAAAUGUCAUGUCAAGGACACUGAUGGGUGGACGCUCUGAACGAAAUGAAUACCUUCUGCUUCAUGCGUUCUAUGAAAAUGACUUUUUAGUACCUGACAAGCAGGUUUUUAAGAAAACUCAGCAGGUUGUGGUUGACGAUGAUGACGUGGAUAUAGAUCAAAAUAAAAACAAAAAAGGUCGCCGGAAAGCUGCAUAUGCUGGGGGGUUAGUCCUGGACCCCAAAGUUGGGUUUUAUGACAAGUUCAUUUUACUUCUGGAUUUCAACAGCUUGUACCCCUCCAUUAUACAAGAGUAUAACAUCUGUUUCACCACAGUGCAUCGAACAGCUGCCCAGAAUACAAAAGAGGGUGAGGAUCAAGAAGAGAUUCCAGAGCUACCUAGUUCAGAUCUAGAAAUGGGAAUCUUACCUCGGGAGAUCCGGAAACUAGUGGAGAGAAGACGUCAUGUCAAGCAACUGAUGAAGCAGCCUGACCUCAAUUCAGAUGUGUACCUGCAGUAUGACAUCAGACAGAAAGCUCUGAAGCUCACUGCCAACAGCAUGUAUGGCUGUCUGGGCUUUUCAUACAGCAGAUUUUAUGCCAAGCCUCUGGCUGCACUGGUCACCCAUCAAGGGCGGGAGAUUCUUCAGCAUACCAAGGAGAUGGUGCAGAAGAUGAAUCUGGAAGUGAUAUAUGGUGACACAGACUCCAUCAUGAUAAACACUAAUUGUAACAACCUUGAAGAAGUGUUCAAGUUAGGAAACAAGGUUAAAAGUGAAAUAAAUAAAUCCUACAAGCUACUGGAGAUAGAUAUUGAUGGCAUUUUUAAGUCACUUUUGCUGUUAAAGAAAAAGAAGUAUGCUGCACUCGUAGUAGAACCUACAGCCGAUGGGAAGUAUGUAACCAAACAAGAACUGAAAGGUCUGGACAUUGUCAGAAGAGACUGGUGUGAACUUGCUAAAAUAGCUGGGAAUUUUGUGAUCAGCCAGAUCUUGUCAGACCAGCCCCGUGACACCAUAGUAGAAAACAUUCAGAAAAAGCUCAUGGAGAUUGGAGAAAAUGUGAUAAAUGGCAGCAUUCCCAUUAGCCAGUAUGAGAUUAAUAAGGCUCUAACAAAGGAUCCCCAGGACUACCCAGACAAGAAAAGUUUGCCUCAUGUACAUGUUGCCCUAUGGAUAAAUUCGCAAGGAGGAAAAAAAAUGAAGGCUGGGGAUACAGUCUCCUAUGUCAUAUGCCAGGAUGGGUCAAAUCUGAGUGCCAGCCAGAGAGCAUAUGCUCCAGAACAGCUGCAAAAACAAGACAACCUUUCCAUUGACACACAAUACUACCUGUCACAACAAGUUCACCCAGUAGUGUCUCGAAUUUGUGAGCCCAUAGACGGGAUUGAUUCUGCACUUAUUGCUGCUUGGUUAGGACUUGACCCAUCCCAGUUUCGGGUUCAGCAGCAUUAUCAGAAAGAUGAGGAGAAUGAUGCUUUGCUUGGUGGUCCAGCUCAACUAACUGAUGAAGAGAAGUACAAAGACUGCGAUCGGUUUAAGUUCUGCUGUCCGAAGUGUGGAACAGAGAAUAUAUAUGACAACGUCUUUGAUGGAUCGGGACUGCAGAUUGAGCCUAGUUUACUACGAUGUAGUAAACCAGAAUGUGAUGUAUCGCCGUUGAAUUAUGUUGCUCAGGUCCACAAUAAGUUACUUUUGGAUACAAGAAGACACAUAAAGAAAUACUACAGUGGUUGGCUUUUAUGUGAGGAACAAACCUGCCAGAACAAGACUCGUCGUCUUCCCCUAAACUUCUCCCGCACUGGUCCUAUAUGCCAGGCCUGCCUCAAAGCUACUCUGAGACCAGAAUAUCCAGAAAAGGCCUUGUACACCCAGCUAUGUUUCUAUCGAUUCAUCUUUGACUGGGAUUAUGCACUGGAUAAGGUUGUUACAGAGCAGGAAAAAGGUUACUUGAAAAAGCACUAUCAAGAUGCUGAAGCUGCAUACAAGAAGUUAAAGAAUACUGCUGACCAAAUUCUAUCACGUAGUGGAUACUCUGAAGUAAAUCUGAGCAAGCUUUUCCAGACCCUCACUGUAAUUAAAUAAAACAUGUUCCUUCUAAGUGUCUUCAAGUGUAAAGACUUGCCUUCACUUUGUAUGUUUUCAAUGAGAUAUGGUUGACUAAUAAUUUUAAGUUAAACAUCCUUUGUAAUCAAUAUGUUAUGUAAAAAUUGCAUGGCUUCAUAGUUGGCUGUUUUUAUACAAAUACAUUUGUCUGUCACAACAUAUUGUAUUUUCCUUUGUAAAAUUCCUUGAAGACCUGAAAGAUAAAAGGACUGCUAGAUUAAUUGAAUAAUUUCCAGUGAGCGCUGCUGUAGUGUAAGUGAUCCUAGACAUUAGUGUUCAGUAUUUAGUGGAGGUGCUUUCAGAAAACAAGGUUGCAGAAGGUCUAGGUGGGAGCACUAAUGUUUUGCCUUUUCACAAUUUUUUCAGCUUCUCAUCACAAACAUGGUAAUUAAUAAAAUUACUCAAUAGAGUUAUGUCGAAAAUGUUAUUUUUAAAUAUGGAGGUGUAAAACAGACUAGAAGUAAAUUGCAAUUUUGUACUUUCCAUGCAUAUUUUCUUUUAUUAUAGAUUACAUUUCAUUGCUGUAGUUCAGUUAAAUGUUUUUCUUUUCCCCCGAAAACAAUUUUUUCUCAAUAAGUAUAGUUCGUUUCAUGUACUUGUGCAUCACUACUUCACAGAAUCUAUGGGAACUUGUGUUGCCUAUAGCAAUGAUUAAAAGUGUGUCCUUUCCCAAUAUGUUUUAGGAAAUAAGAAUAUAAAGUUUGAACAAAAAGGACAUGGUCUUAGACAGGUUUCGAUAAAUACACAAGGUCUCUUGUUUUUAAUACGUGUUUAAAAUUUUUGUAAGUUUAGUAAUUGCCUAAAAAUAAAAUUGUACAUUUUUAUAUGAGCAAAUAAAGUAUUGUUAAAAAAAUUCCUUGUA